AUAUAACUACACAGUUUACGACUUUCAGUAUAUGUUUGAACUGUAGUUAACAAAAUGUCUAUCGAAAAUAAGGUUGCUCUUAUCACCGGAGGCGCUUCAGGAAUUGGAUUAGAAAUUACCAAAGAAUUAUUGAAGCAUAAUGCAAAAGGUGUGGUUAUUGCUGAUAUCAACGAUAAAAGUGGGGAAGCAAUUACUAAACAAUUAAAUGAAGAAUUCGGAUUGGGAAAAAUAAUUUUUGUGAAAACAAACGUUGCCGAUAAAGAUCAAUUUGAAAAUGCAAUGAAAAAAACUGUUGAUUUUUUUAAACAGUUUGAUAUUUUAGUAAAUAAUGCUGGAAUAUUCAAUGAUAACUUAUACGAAAAGGAAAUUUCAAUUAACUUGAUUGGAGUAAUCCAUGGGUGUCGAUUAGCAAUGGAUACAUACUUAAAAAAGUAUAAAUCCUCUCCAGAAGGAUUAAUUAUUAACAUUGCGUCAAUACUUGGUUUGGAACAUUCAGAAAUGACACCCAUUUACACAGCAACUAAACAUGCCAUAGUUGGUUUGAGCAAAUCCCUUGCAACACCAAUACAUUACGAAGCAACAAAAAUUAAGAUAAUAACAAUAUGUCCAGGAUAUACGAACACAUCUAUGAUGAUAACGACGGAUGACCUCUUUUUUAAUACCCGAUGUUGUAGUGUUGGACGCACGUUUAGUCAAAACCUCGUCGUACAAACUGUAGAUAAUAUGGGUAAAGUAAUAGCUCCAAUUAUCAACGAAAGUGAAAAUGGAUCUAUUUGGAUUGUUGAUGGUGAUAAUGUUUCAUCAGUUUAUAUACCGGAAAUUAAGGAAUUAAAGAAAAUGAAAAUAUUUUGCAAUGAAAUUGGUGGAUUCAAAAAUAACUGAUAUCGAUAUUCUUUAAAAUAUUAUAUAAUUGUGUUUAAAUAACAAACCUGUAAGUUUUAUGAUUAAAAGAUUAUUUUAA